AUCUGACGUCACCUCGCAGAACCUAGCAACAGCGCAGGCUCCGGGGCCGAGUCCGUUAUGGCUGCCGCCGCCCUGGGCAGAAUGUACGGGGCUGCACGAGAGAAGCUGUGCCCCGGGCUGGGCGCCCGGGGCCUCGGAGCGCUGGCGCGAUCACUGGUUCUGGCGUUGUUGCUCGCGCCCGUCCUGUGCUCUGAUACAUCAGAGAAUACUGCAAACAACAUUACCACUUCUCCUCCAGAUGUGCUGAUGCCUGGAAACCACACCAAACCUGCUUCCCAGGUCAGCACCACACUCACCUCAGCCAGUGCAGAGAGAAACAGAGGCAGCUCUGUGGCACCCACGCCAUCUGCUGCUCCGUCUGUGCCCCAGGACGAGGCUGACAGCAACGAAGAUCCCAGCAUGGAGGAGGAGGACCUUCUGGCGCUCAACAGUUCCCCGGCCACAGUCAAAGACACCCUGGACAAUGGCGACUAUGGAGAGCCAGACUAUGACUGGACCACCAACCCCAGGGAUGAGGAACCUGAAGACAUUAACAUUGCGAUAAGCAAGGAGAGCGGGCGAUUUCGAAGCUUCCAGGACUCAGUGCAGGUCGUGAAGCUCCCUCCCCCCAGCAGAGAGGAUAGUCAUUUCUUUUUUCAUCUCCUUAUUUUUGCUUUCUGUGCAGCUGUUGUUUAUGUUACCUAUCACAACAAAAGGAAGAUUUUCCUCCUAGUUCAAAGCAGAAAGUGGCGUGACGGCUUGUGUUCCAAGACUGUGGAGUACCACCGGUUGGACCAGAACGUGAACGAGGCCAUGCCUUCUCUGAAGAUCACCAAUGAUUACAUUUUCUAAAGCACUUGAUUGGCGUUUGCUUAUUAUGCUGUUCUAUUUGCUUAACUUUUCUAUGCUGUGUAGAUGUUUGCCACAGGCGAGUGGUACUUACCCGAGACGGGCACUCUCUCUCGCCUUGGUGCUUUGAGAACUAACUGUCACAAACAAGGAGUAUAGGAUUUUUUUUUCUUUUUUUAGAGCUAGAUUCAAUCAGGUAUCUGAAAUGUGAGUUAAUAUAAUUACUUUAUAUUUUUGUGUAGUUAUUAUUUUCCAUUUAUUGUGCCUCUGGCCGCAGUGUUCACGUCCUUUGCGGCCAGCACUUAUGGUUCUCAUCACUCAUUGCCACCCAGAUGCUGUAUUCCCGCUUCCUUUAUUCUACUUCUGUGGUUGAGAUAGGGUCCCACUCAGUAGCCCAGGCUGGCCUCAAACUGUGGGUCUUCUAGCCUUGGUGUCUCAAGUGCUGGUACCACAGGUAUGGCCGCUCACCCACUUCCAAAUUCCAUAUUUUCAAACACACUUUGUGUGUGUGGUCCCCAAUUUUAAUGUACAAAGAUAUUGCAAUAUAAUGCUUUGCUUUAAAAUACAUUUCCCCCUCUCUCUCAAAGCUGCUUUAAGGACAGUUAGUGAGGGCACUUGCUGCCUACCCUGACAACCUGAGUUCAAUCCCAAGGACCCACCUGGUAGAAGGAAACAGCCUUGGAGGUUGUCCUCUGACCUCACACACAUGCUUACACACAGAGUAAGUAAAUGUAGUUAAAAGAACGCACGUGGGUGUUUCAGGCACUUGACGCACAGUGCAGGAUGAUGCGGUUGCUGCUUCACAGCCAUGGUAAACUCAUUAGGAAUUCUGGCAAAAGAGACUGCAGUUGCCAGUGAGCAGAGGUGAAGCGUUAGGUAGAUUCCAGGUUGCGGUGUGGAUAACUGAAUGAAGGUUAGGGUAGAAGCUGGUAGAGUAUUUAAUAGUCCCAUGACCAGGCACUAUUCCUUAGCACUUGGUUUUAGCAUGAGUUCCAGGGUUCAGAUGCCAAGCAGAGUGUGAAACAGGUCAGAGGUUUCUAGUUUGUCUCUUGAUCACAGUAAACUGGAGGCGACUCUAGAGCCCAUGACACUUGAGUGAUACUGUGUCUUGGUCCUGCAAUUAAAGCAGUAAUUGGAGAAAGUUCACACAGACCUGUCUAACAGUGACCUUCAGACUUGCCUAUUCCCCAACCUCCAGCAACUGGGGUUGUUUUCUGUAUUUCAUGGUGGCCUGUAUGUGUGUGUGUGUGUGUGUGUGUGUGUGGUUUUUUUUUUUUAAAAGAGUUGAUCAGAAUGUAAAUGUGAUUUGAACCAUGCUUGACUACCAAGCUACACUACAACUUUUCAGAAAGCAUAGUCUUUACUGCAUGCUCGGUAAAGCCUGGGCAGAACAGCAGCCACACUCCCCGUGUGGACGUGGAAGCAGCAGCGUUGUCUUCCCCCUUCAGGGACAGUUGCCUGUCCCGAGGGAAGGGCACUGUAGUGAAAUAUCCCUGAGCUGUUUUAUUGCAGUAGUUUUUUUCAUAUCUGAAAUUGUAUUAUUUAAUAUUUUGAAUAAGAUUUUAAGAAAUAAAUGGUAAAGCUAGAAA